UUACCGAAUGAAGCUCUGGGCCACCAAUGAGGUUCACGCCAAGUCCAAAUUCUGGUAUUUCCUUAGGAAGCUGAAGAAGGUCAAGAAGAGCAAUGGCCAAGUGCUUGCCAUUAAUGAGUCAAUGUUGUUUUGUGGUGGGGAAGUGGUUCCUCCUCAACUCUCCUCCUGGCUUAAUCCAAUUUGUUGUCAAAGGAGGCUGUGUCAGAGGCAUCCCCUUGAAAUCACCAGUUGAUUUGGAGACGUAUGUUUUCUUUUCUUUUUUUCCUUCAUAAUUGAAGCCUCCACUUUGCUGAAUAAAGGCUCCUCUUGGCUUUAGUGUUUCGUUUCAAUGAAUUUUGGGCUCUCACAUGUCUGCGAAAUUGCGAACCUCUUUUUCUAUAGAGAUGUUCAAAGUUUGAACACUACGUCCAUUAUUUGAGUUCUAAUACUGAAUUUUAAUUCUUCUCUCUUUUUAAGAACA